AUGGAUUUGGAAAAAGUACUGGGCUACGGAUAUGCUAUUCCGUGGUGUCUUUCGAUAUACCCCUCAUUGUUUAAGAAUUGGCGACAGAAAUCUGCGUCUGCAAUAUCGGUUGACUUCUUGAUAAUUAACAUAGUGGGCUAUGUUUGUUUAACGAGUGCUAUAUUUUUACAGUUAUUUUGCUGGCAAGAAACUAAUGAUGAAAAUGAACCUUUACGCCCUACCGUUACGCAAUUCGACCUUUGGUAUUGUGUCCACAGCUUAGUUAUGAAUGGGGUUCUAGCCAGUCAAUUAUUGUACGGGAAAAGGCUAUGGAGCUUUCAAACUGCAGGUGUUGUGAGAAUGAAAAUACUUUACAAGAGAAUCUUAAGAGCGACUUUAGCAAUCAUUGCAAUUUCUCUGAUUCCAUUUUGCGUUCGGCUUUUCAAUGAGAAUUUGAGCAACACCAACACUUUAGCUCUGUGCAAUAGGCUCAUCGCAUUGAAGAUUCUGAUGUCUCUCAUAAAAUACUUCCCCCAAGUUAAGCAUAAUUACGAAAGGAAAAAAAUGCGAGACUUUCCGAUGCUGUGUGUUGUCCUUGAUGUAUUUGGUAGCAUCUGCUCUAUUGCACAACUCAUUGUCAAGUUGAAACAAGUCGGGGAACCCAGUAUUGCAGCUGCAGCUACCAGUAAUUUUGGAAAAAUCGGAAUUGCAUGCGUUACUCUGUUAUUUAACUUCAUAUACGUAUCCCAGUGGCUUGUUUACAGAGGUCACGAAUAG